AUGAUUGAAUAAAAAUCUAAAAAGUUUUAGUAUUAUGCUAACUAGUUAACGGGGACCUUAUUUGUAGCUCAGGAGCUUAUUUUAAUGAACUAACAGGGAGUUGUGAAUAAUGUUUUUAAGGAUGUAGUACUUGUAAUGGAUACUAAUAAAAAGAUUGUUUAGAUUGCCUGCCAAAUUAUUAUAAAGUAUAACUCUAGAAUUAAUUCUUGUGCUUAGCUUGUCCAGCUGGAUAAUACUUUUAUCAGAAUUCUUGUUAAAGUUGCAAAUAUGAUUGUAGUAUUUGUUUAUCGCUAACAAAAUGCCUCGUUUGUUAGACUGGAUAUGUUAUGGAUAACACUUAUGAAAUUUGUAGUACUUCUAAUUGUGCUUAUGCAAAUUUCUAAUGGAGUUGUAACAGGUUUUACUAUUUACCCUAUCAAAUGCCUAGAUACUUUCUAAAUAAAUACUGCAUAAAACUCUUGUGGUUGCUUCAAUGGCGUUUAUUUAAAUAACGGAGUUUGUGUGCCUUGUUAAGAUCCUAAUUGUCAAGUCUGUUCUUAAUUUGGUUGCACUUAUUGUAAAAUAGGAUAUUUUAACCAACAAGGUUCUUGUGUAACUAAUUGUAAACCUUAAUUUUAUUAUUAGUAAACCAGUAAUAAUUACCAUUUUUCUUGUUUUCCAUUUACUUUUCAUAAAAUUAUAUAAAUAAAUGGAUAAAAUGUAAGCAACAACUGGAAAGGCUAUGACCCUAAAUUUGGUAUAUUUGAUGACAUAUGCUAGCCUUUUCUCUUUAAACUUUUUAAUUAUGCUUCAAAUUCUUACUAAUGUGUUUCUGCGUGCCCUAUUGGAUAUACAUUAAAUUUAUUGAGGCUAGCUUGUGUAGAAAAUAAUUGCUAAAAUGAUAUCACUCUCUAAAUAAAUGGAAAUUGUUUUUUUAGAACUUGCCCUUCGCAAUAUUUCUUUUAACCAUUCUAAUCCUUUACAUAAUAUUCAACUUGCAUCCCAAUCUCUAUGAACUAAUGCUUAUAUUAAUUAGAUGAAAGCAUGUCAUAGUGUUUAACAUGCUAGCCUAGCUAUUUUACUUCUUCUUGUGUUUAAAACUGCCCAUCAUAAAUUUACUAUUAGAAUAAAAAUUCAUGCAUCAAAUGUGAUAUGACUACCCCCACCUGCUCAUAGACUUACUUCCUUUAUACUUACAAUGUAAAUGGAAUAAAUUAUAAUGCAUAUACUUGUCCAACUAACUAUUAUCUGCCAAAUAAUAGUUCUUAGUGUACUCAAUGUAGUAAUCUGGCUAUGAUAUCCUGUGAUACUAAAUCAGAAUACUACUGUGACAUUGGGCAGGAUAACAGUGACCCUUCUUGUCCAAUUAUAAAUUUAUAAUAGAUGGUAGGGUAUUCUUUUGAUAAGUAUGGUAACAUUGUUUCAAAUAACAAUUGUUUAAAAAUUAACACUACAAACAACCUUUGCUCAGUUUGUAAUCUUAAUUUUAACUAUAACUUUUAGGGAGUUUGCAGCUAAUUAUUUAUGAGGCCUACAAAAUACUACAUGUACUAUAAUAUUACAGAAUCUCAAUAUCGUGUAGUUGGUUCUUGUACUUCUAAUUAAUAUAUUUAAAGUAUAUAAAAAUCAUCUUAUUAUAUUAAAUACUGCAAAGAUUUUUCUACGUGCUUGACAACAACUCAAGCCACAAUUAAUGGAUAAUCUUAAUAAAUUUGUUAAAAAUGUUCUACAAAUUUUUUUAAUAUUAAUGGGAAUUGUAUAGACAGCUGCCCAUCGUAUACUUUUUAAAAUUCUUCAACUAAAAAUUGCGAAACUCCUAUAAAUUAUUGCGAUACUUAUUCAUCAAAUACAAUAACACCAUUAUGCACCUACUGUUAAUACGGAUACUUACUACUUUAAACAUCUCCAUCAAGUUAAUGCAUACCUUUCAAUUCUUGUAAUAAUGGUUUUACUUAUAUUUAUAAUUUAUGCAUUGCUUGUGAUCCGAAUUGUAAUUAGUGUUUAUCUAAUAAAAAGUGUAUCUAACCAUCAACCAACUACUAUUUAUACAACGAUUCUCCAGUUACAUCCUGUCCUCCUGGGACUUAUUUAUCUGGAUUUUCAUGUUUAAGCUGUGAAUAAUAUUGUCUAUCAUGUACAGAUUCAAAUAAUUGCACUUAAAGGCUUCCUGCUUCUCUUCUUUAUCUUAUUAAUGCUCAAGUUUAUGUUUACUUUAAUCCCAUUUGUUAGUUAAAUUAGUAUUACGAUACAAACUUAUAGUAAUGUGUUAAUUGUGAUUAAUCUUGUUCUUAAUGCUAUCAAGCUUCAUCAAAAUGCUUACUUUGCUCUGAUAUAACUUAAUCUCUUUAUAAAUACACCUGUGUAUAAUAGUGCCCUAAUGGUUUUUACACAAGCGUCUUAACUACCACAAAUUAUACAAGAAAUGUUUGCCUUUAAUGCGAUCAGAGCUGUUUAAAAUGUAAUUAAACUACAUGUAACUAGUGUGUUUAGCCAAAUAUGUAUUAAAAUCCAGUAAAACCUUUUAUUUGCUAAGCUAGCAGCGAUCCCUGCUGUAGUCAAGUAGAUAUCACAACAGGUUUAUGUUAAUAAUGCUAUUCGAAUUGUUUAUUGGAUAAUAAUUCUAAAUUAUGUUAUUAAAUUAUUCCUUAUUGUAGCUAAUAUUAAUUGACUGAUAAAACUAAGUGCAGUUAAUGCUAAUUAGGAUACUACUUAACCAGCCAAUAUAAUUGCUGUGGUGUUCAAAAUUGUAAAAUAUGUAAUGAUAGUAACUUGUAGUAAUCUGCUUAGUCACCAACUGUUAGACUUGCUAGCCAGAACAAGCAAUGUGUUUUUGAUUGCCAAUUUCAAAUUGCUAAACGUGUAUAACAGGAAACUAAACCUAGUGCUCAUAGUGCAUUUCAUAAUAUAUAACAGACUAAACAUUAUAGUGCAUCUUUGAUUGUUAAGUUUCAAAUUGCUAAGUAUGCAUAGCAGGAAAUUAAAACAAAUAUCCAAGUGGACAGUGCAUCUUUGAUUGUUAAGUUCAAAAUUGCUAAACAUGUGUAACUGGAAAUUAGACAUAAUGUUUGA